ACGACAUCGAGUACCAUAAAAUAAUCGAGUGCAUUAAAUUGCACGACCAAGCGUUCAAAUUUUCCGAAUUGCUCUCAUUCGCUUACGCAACGUCCUACCUUUUUCUACUAGGAAAUGUGAUCAUAUGCAUCAGUUCCAGCUCGGCUGAGUUGCUCAUGGUGGAUGUUCAGUUUGACGAAAUUGCCAGAUUUUCCGCCUCUAAUAUAGCUCAAUUGUUACACAUAUAUUAUCUGAGUUGGAUGUGUCAGCGAUUGCUCGAUUACAGUGGCGAUUUUCAUAAAGUAAUUUACAGUUGCAACUGGUAUAUGAUUUCAAUGAGAUCUAGACAACUGUUAAAAUUCAUGUUGAUGCGUGCCACUAAACCGUGUCAAAUAAAAGCUGGAAAGAUGUACGUAAUGUCGAUGGAGAAUUUCAGCUCGAUGUUGCAAGUAUCUGUAUCUUAUUUCACUAUGCUCACGUCACUGCAAUAAUUUUGUUAUAAUCAAUAAACUCAAUGAAACUAUACAACCCAAUAAAAUAUACAACCUGUUUAAGACGGUAUUGUCGUUUAGAAAUUUGAAAAAAUCGAUAUUGAGUUUUUUGGAUUUUCUUAUA